AUGCUCCUGGCGUACAGGCCAGGGUCUGGCACAUGGAAGCCAUGUUACGAGCUGCCCAUGGGUGACAUGUGGAUGGCCAUUCUGGCCUUGAUAACUGAGCAGUUCGGCAUCAAGGUUUCUCCCGAGGACGCUGAGAUGAAAACAACAGAAGAGCCAACGUCGGGUCUUGGGCAGACCCUGGAGUGGCUGAGAAAGGAGCUGGCUGAGAUGCAGGACCAAGACCAGAGACUCCUGCUUACACUGAGGCACCUUCGCAGCAUCCUGGAGGAGCUCCGUGCAGAGAGUGUCCACUGGGAGGAUGCCAGGUCGAGUGGCGGGACCUCCCCCAUCAGAGCUCGAGCAGGCUCUGAAGGCAGGGGCCGCCAACCCUUUCCCUCUAGGGGCCUGGCCCACCUCCUUCCAGGGGUAGACAGCAGACGAAGUUCCCUCCCUUAA